AUGCCUGGAGCAAAGACUGCCAUUAUGAGCUGUAAAUGCAUGCGGUAUCAGUCACAUAGCAGCGUAAGGCUUCUUGGCUCUCUUGCAAUAUGUGUGUUGACGAGUGAGAGUGUCGGUGAUGGAAGGUGGAUCGACGCCAGUUCACUUCACAUGGAUCUCUCCAAUCUUGUGACCUGGGCACACGCUCAUGGGACCAUAUGCAAUCAAAUCCCAGCCUUGGAAAUUGUGCAGAACACGGGUCAUCCUAGCAAGGACAAUUCUCUUCUGUGGAUAUGUGGAGUUGGACAUGCGUAUCACUGGCAGUGUGGAAAAUUGUAUGUCAGAAGCAGAGAAGUGAAUGAAGAUGCAGAAAAGAGAAAGAGGUCAGCAUCUGCCGAGGCUUCAUCAAGGGAAGCUGAUUUAGAUGAAAAGAGGUGGAGGAUGACCCCAUCUUUUGAGAGGGUGAAAGCAGAUGCUGUUAGCACAGGGUGGCGUAGCAGAUCUCCAGGGCUCACUCAGCAGAAAGACAACACAGUCUACAUGAUACAUAAUGAACCAUCACCCAGAGAAAAUAAAAAAAAUAGCAAAUGCAUGAAAUCAUGCUUUGCAGCAGAGCAGCAUUUGUCAAUAUCUGGUGGCGAAGUCAAAACUGACAGACAUAAGGUGAAGCUAGCAAGCAACAAAGAUCUACAAAUUAUGUCUGAUGAAGAACUGUUUAUAUCAGACUCACCAAUUAAAGGUGUAGGUGUUGAAGUAGACUGGCAAAUGCAUCGCAGUCAGAAGAUGACAUUUAACAAGCCGACCGCCACCCAAACAUCUCGCUUUGCCCCCCAAGGAAAUCUGCCUUUAUCUCCUGCCUGCAUUCUCAAAUCCCCCAGCAGCAGUCAAGAGAGCCUGGACAGCAGCUCCUUGAGGUUAGGUCUGCUUAACCCUGCAGGGUCCAUAACUGAAACUUCUAGAGCAAGAAAUUCCUCUGGGCCAGCAAUACCAAAAGAACAUUUACAAUCUGUUCCUGUCUCCAACACUGAAGUAAAGGCCCAGCUUGAGUCACCCACCCCUAUGACAUUCUUCGAGUUUGGCACUGCUGUAGAUGCAUCCCAUCUUUCAGCCUCACUGACUCCGGAGAGCAAGAAUGCAGACCAUCCACCUGCAUCUUCCAGCAAAAAUGUGUUGAAGAAGUGGGAGAAAAAAAGAAACCGUAACGCUGGCGAUAUCAAAAUUUUCAAAGACUGGCUGUUUUUACAUCGCCCUUCUGAAACACGCGAGAUCUGUAAGCUGCCACCCGAAGACCUCGAUAAUUACCUGGCCUCGUUCUACAGUUCUGCAAAGAGGCAGGACGGCACAGAUUUUUCCGCCAGUUCUUUGCACUUCUUUCAGAGCAACAUAGAGAGAUACCUCAAGGACAACGACUACGGGUACAGCGUGGUUAAAGGGCUGGAAUUCAGAGCGUCUCAGGAAGCCUUGAAACUGAAGCAUCAGCACCUAUCUCAAAAAGAGAGAGACGGAGAGUGGAGUGUUUUGGAGAACCUGACAGAUGAAGAUGUGGAAAGCCUUCGUAAGCAGGGACUUUUAAAUAAGACACACCCGGAGGGCUUUUUGCACCUCAUGUUCACAAACAUCAUCAGGGGGUUUGGGGCAGGUACACACCGUGAGAGCCAGAAUCUGUACUGGGGACAGCUUGUGCUAAAAAAGAAUGAGGGAGAGCUGGAGUACUUGGAGUGGAAGGAUGACCUGAGUGCCGAGGUGAACACAGGGGAGUCGAGUCCGCGCCUCUGCGCCAGGCCUGACAACCCCGGUAACUGCCCGGUUGCAGAUUACAAGGAGUAUGCUAAGAGGAGGCCACUGGACAUGCUUCACGACUACGACCCGCUGUAUCUGGCUCCCAAGCCUCUGUGCUCCGUCUGGGACCAGGCCUGGUACUGCAGGAAGGCACUGACAAAGGCCAAAAUCGGAAAGAUCGUGAAGGUGAUUAUCCAGCAAGUCAGAGGCUCGGCAAAGAAGGCCAGGAAAUAG